UGAGUACGCCAUGUUUUUUUGUGAUGUUCGUGCAUUAGACAAAUUUUUUGAGAAUUGUAAUCCGUAUGAGCAAAAUGGCUGAUGAUGACCCGUGGUUAUUGAAGGAAGACGGUUAUUUAAACGUGGACACCGAAUGCAAAAGUAUAAUCUAUCAUGCUAAUCUAAAUGUGUUACUAAUCACCACUGGCAGUGCGCAAGUAUACGUAGUUGAUGUCAACUCAGGAGUAAUAUUGCAAAAAAGUUCAUUGUCGGGCAAAUUGCAUGGAAAACUUCAAGGCACGUAUUUGUCAAAUGGUGUAGAUAAGGUAUUAUAUACAGAUGGAAGAGGACUUGGAGUACGUAGUGAUUACAAUGGUGUACUCCUUUUGGAUACUCUUUUACAAACAACUGUAUCACGAAGUGAAGAUGUUGUAAAGCUAGAGUUAUUGUUUUCUGAAGCUACUUUGUUAUAUCAGUGUCUACGUUGUGUAGAGCUACCAGGUAUAGAUCAUGUGCAAGAAGUAAUUCAAGAAUUAGCAAGUAAAACUUUUACAGUGGAGGCAAGCCAGAGGAAGGGAAUCAAGGCUCAAAAAUGGAAUACAGUAUGCCUGGAACUACCGCAUGGUUCCUUGAAGCUUGUGUGUUCAGGAUUAGUAACGGAAUUGAAAAGAUUAAACAGACAUAUUCCAGCAUUGUCAAUUGCUUCUGCUAUUAAUGAACGACUAAAUGGCCUACUACCAGGCCUGGCAUUAGAAGGAAGUCCUGUUGAUAGAGCAUUAAUGUUUAGUGAAGCAGUUCGCAGAGAAACUUUUUCAAAAUGGCCACAUAUAAAUGACAAAUGGGCUUUACCUGACCAGAUGGCUCAGGUUGGUCUAUACCAUCACCCAAAUGCAACAGGCGACGAUAGGGUGAUGUGCUUUACGUGCAAUAUUUGUUUAGUUUGUUGGGAACCAAAAGAUGAACCUUGGUCAGAGCACGAACGGCAUUCUCCUGCAUGUCCUUUUGUUAAAGGAGAGUAUACGCAAAACGUUCCUCUAUCUGUUACCCUUGCCACUGCUCCUGCACGAGAAACCUGCGAUAUUGUAGAUGUGCUCAGCACUACAAAUGCCAGUGGUCUUGUAGCUACAGCUUCCAGUAGUGGUUUUAUAAGCAUAUGGAAUGUAACAAAUCAAUUAAAGAAGGAAGUGUCGUUUUAUGUAGCUCCUGUCGAGCAAGAAAUAAAUAACAAAGAAUCCAUACAGUUUGGUUCUACCAGAAAUUUCACUUCGUAUUUAAAGACGCUCAAUACGGAAACAGAUCCUCUUUCCGAGUACAAGCAUCCAGCUUCUCAUAAAGUGCAAAUUACAGCACUGUCACUGAUAGGAUCUCCAAAAAUUCAAAACAAGGAUGCAAACACUUCUGUUUCUGGGCUUUUACCUGUAGAAACAUCAGACUCUAAAAUUAGACCAUGUGUAAUGUGUGCUGUUACAGUGACGGUUAGUAACCCGUCACAGUUAAGGACUUUAGAAAAUGUGUGGGCCACAUCGACAGAUUUAACUCCUUCGUCGUCUCUUGUUCGUGCAAUGAACAGUGUAAAUAGUGCUGCCAGUGAUACUUUAGACAUAAUGAAGGUGGCAGGUGAUAGGUAUACACCAUCAAAAUUGCACUAUUUAGUACUUUAUGAUUUUCACCAUAAAACUACAACAACGCAACCGAUUAAAGAAGAUAAUACUAAGGAUUCUAAAGCAAAGAAGACGUUAUCCGGAACCGGAACUAGUGCAAGUUCAAACGGGGAGCGGCAAGAAACUCUGUAUCAAGAUUUCUUGCUUGGCAAAUUUUUGUAUGAAGUUCCAGUGAUAGAGGAUGUUGAUUCGGAUUUGGUAGUCGGUUCACAUUUCGAUGGUAUCUUCCCAACAACAGCUUUGACCGCAUCGUCUUCCAAUGGAAUCUAUUCAAAUCCCAUUGGAAUUACAGUACCUCCAACAUCAAGCUCGUUCGAUGCCAAUUUUAAUCCUAUCAGUGGCCCAGAACACUUCGCUUCAACAUCCGAUUUAACAACAGCGAAUAAAAAGAGUUUGGAUAUCAUGAAAAUAACAAAGACUGAACCAGUUGUUAUAAAAACUUUACCUAUCGAAGCUCCUGAUAAUGUUAAAAUUACGUAUGUUGGGCCAUCUGUAGAUGGGAGGUAUUUGUAUAUUGCUAUGUGUCCUACAAUAGAAAGCACAGAUUCAUUGGGUUCAAGUAAUAAUCAAAUGGACAUUGAUGAAGACAACGAGUUCUUUCCCCAGAAAGGUUACAUGUAUUGGGACCAUGAUACACAGUCCGGUAGAUUAAUAAACGGCGAAAUACACGACGACGCCAGUAAUGCGAAUGCCAUAUUGCUUGUGUACGCCUUGGAUUUUUCCGGGCAGGUCGUAAAGAUCUGCUCCGAGCCAAUAGCAAGGCGAGAGUUGCCUGCAGAUCAAGCACCCAUCGAACAUGUGUUUUUACCUUAUCAAAGAAAGAAUAAAUGUUCAUUGCCUGCCGAUAUUACAAUGAAGGGUCCUAAUACUGAUUCAAGUGUUCUAGAAUCUGCUGGACAGGUAGCUCUAGUAUGCAAGGAUGGUAUAAUCAGAGUAUUAAACUUGGUAUCAUUAGAGACUGUUACAGAAGCAAGCGUAGAAGGGAAAAAGUUUGUUUCCGCAGCUUACUGCAACAGUUUAGAGAGAUUGUGUGCGUGCACAAGUGAUGGUGCGCUUCAAUUUUUUAUUACAAGUGACGAAGAAGAUUCUGCGGAGGAACAGGAAGACACUGAAGACGUUAUUAUGAUGACAACAAAAGAGACCGGCAGUAAAAAUACAACUCCUAGUACAUCCACGUCAUCCGGCUAUCAGGAUCAGUUGAUUGCGCACAAACCAAGCUUAUCUCAUUCGGACUUACGCACUCUAUAUGAAUUAACAAGAUUUAACCCACAAUCCCCCGCAUAUGGUGCUACUGUUCCGCCGUGUUGGAACGAAAUGAUGCAGGGUCAAAAGCAACGUCGUCACCCACAACAACACCACACACGAAUAUGGCGUUUGCAUAAUGAAUGGACCACAUGGGACGAACAUGUGUUCGAGUUAACUCUUCCCCGAAGCGCAUCAGGGAAUAUCGGUCACGUCGAUGUGAGGUUUAGUUUACAUUCUGUCUGUCAGGAAUUGCCAAUAAUUCAAAUUACUCUACUAAAGCAAAACGUGAGAAGAAUCGGUCAUCAUAAGUCUCCAUUGACACCGGUGGACGAAAGAAUAGACUUUAACUUAGGCAACGAGCAGAAAGGGGAAAAUCCUGUGGUGACGGAAGAGUAUCAGAGACAGCACAACACAGAAAUUUUAUGUGGUCCAAUCGAAUUACAUCGUUACAUGGAUCUAUCGUGUCGGUCUGGCUGUGUUACACUGACCAGUCCGAAGCUGUUUCGAUCAAAAGCUAGAACGCUUCUUGUUCAUAUUAAGGCUUUGAUUGAUCCAACGAAGGAUGGCGUAACAACAAAAUCGAAAACCAGUACGUCGGCGAGUAAACCCCCUACUUCGAAAAAGUUGAGGAUAGUUGAAGCAGUACGACCGCAUGUUCCUGGAAGUACUACCGAGCGGUUCGUUGAGGGUUCAAACAGUAAAAAAUUAGAUUGUUACAUUGGAUGCAAUUGGAUUCAUGAAAUAUCAAUUACUGUCAGAACAGUGUAUCCUACUAAUAUACCAAACGAAAGAGCUCAGCGUUGCGCUAUGCUAGAAUCUAAAACUUGCUUUGAAAAUUUACUGAAUGUAGCCUGUUUGGAGACACCUGACAAGUCUCCCAUUACACAGUCCCUUGCGCUAGAUAUUCUUAUAUGGAUAACCACCAUUAGAUUAACGAGGCUACGCAGCAACCAAAAUAACACCAAAAUAAUAUCAUUUCAAAUAAAAACAAUUCGUUCGGUCCAAGCAUGGUUACCUAGUUUGUUAAAACAUUGUCUUUUGCAUGCUGGUCGAAGUGUAGCGCACAAAUGUAUAAAAUUAGUUAUGCUUUGCAGCAGGGAAUUUGAUAAUUCAGACCAUCCCCCGUUCAAUUUUUUCAACGAAACUUUGGUUUCUGUGUUGGUGAAACUGUUACCGUCGAUCGUAGAGGUUCAAUGGGCUGGCUCAUUGCGAUGGUUACAACUAUUAAUUACUAAAAUCUUACCGUUAGAUCGAGAUCACAGUAUUGCUCAACAGUGUGUUAAUUUAACACAACAAAUAGCCGCUGAAAUAUCAAAUCGAGUAAAUCCUUAUCAUUUAUUACUCGCAACGAGGUUCGGUUUGUAUAAUACACCGUUUGAAACAGAACUUUUCGAUUUGGAUCCGCCGAUGCCACCAAAGUAUAGUCCAAUACCUUCCACUUUCGGAGCAGCUGUGUCCAACGAACAGGCUGUGCCACCAACUACUUCGUCUAGUUUCGUAUUUUCUCAGGAUGCUAUUGAUUUGAGGGACCUACUUACAUUGCCUACACAUCCAGCUAGCGAACUGGUGGUGCCUAGCAAAUUAAACGCUUUAUUUGCUAAUCAUAAUAUGAAGGGACUCUUGGAGGUUGAGCCGCUUCACUUUUCUUGUCAUGCUGUCUCUAAUGGUACCAAAAUGGAAAAGAUUGAACCGUGCAUGAGUACCAAUAAUGUCGGAGCUCCGCAUUAUGAUAGCACAGUUACGAACAACAAUGGCGUACCUGACAUCAAAACCAUUCAUCAUACUUACAAUUUGGAUGCUGGAUCACUAGGACCAGAUGUUCAGGCUAAGUCAACACCUAUAUUAAGCGAUCUGCUUAGUCUCUGUACAGGAAGAGCGAUAAAGAAGCCAGCUCCACAAUUGAUAUUCACACCUGAUAAUCAAUCAGAUUGUGACGAAGCUAACGAUAUGUCUGUGAACAAUCAGGCAUGGCAUGAUACACAAAGUGAUAUGCCUAAUUCACAUAUAUUAAGUUCUACUUUAACGAAAGACAAGUCGUCUGCACAAAAUCUCGGUACUACCGUAAACAAAGUCGAAGACAGCAAUCCUAAAAAGCGAGAAGAUAUCACGUUUCCAUGGGGAAGAUUAUUGUGUUGGCCGCCUCAGCAGGCAUUGGUGGUAGACCGAAUGCAUUCUGGUGCACGCCGUUUCGUCAUCCUUGAUUUUGGAUCGCCUAUACUACUUACCGAUUUGAUAAUUCCUUCUUGUAGUGAUUUAGCAUCGUUAUCAAUAGAUAUAUGGACGAAAAGUGAAGAAGUUGAUGGUACGCGACUCAUUGUAGCUACUGAUAUUGGGAAUGAGCCAUUAGUUGUGUGUGAUCUUCAGCCACCACCUGUGUGCAGAUUCCUUAAGAUUACCACCAUAGGUCGGUAUGGUAUGUCUCCAACGAUGUGUAAAAUACCGUUAGGAACGUUCUAUGGACACAUGGUAGUUUUACCAGGAGAAGACUAUGCAGAAUUGAACACUGUGUCAGGUUUUGAUAAUUUCGAUCCCUCUAUACAAUCCACGAUCGAUACGCAGUGCAACAUUUUGUCUGCUCUUGCGGAAGAUGUUCAGUGCAGAUUUAGCUUAGCCACUGAAAGAUUAAAGAGCCUACUAGAUCCGCUGUUAUGUUCGGAAACCACUAAUUUUAUGCACAUGCAGCACUACCUCUGCUACAAUAAAAUUUCCAAUGUAAAUAAAGAGCAACCGUCUGCUAAAAUAUUGGCAACUUAUCAAGAGUGCAUAAUGUUCCAACAUCAGUUGAAUGUUGUACGUAGUGUAUGGAGACGUUUGGAAUCCUGGAAAGGUUCUCAGAAUGUACCGUCAGUGCUUCUGGCAAAUGCACCCACUGACAAAUUACGAGUUUUAGGAGAGAAUUUACUUGAUAUUCUUUUAUAUACAGUUUAUGAAGUCGGACCUGUGCCCAGUAUCCCGAUGUCGAUAUGUGAUGUUUUCACGCCGACAGUGUGUGAAAAAUUAUUCCACUCGAUUUGUGUUGUUACACCAGCUCCACGCUUGCAGCUACACGUUGUUGCACUUUUAGCGCGUAUGGCUGGUCAUCAACCCUGGUGGGGUAAUUUUCUGUCCAACACUUUGAUCAAUUUGUACUCGUCCUCGUCCACGCACAUAUUUCCUCAGGAUAGAGUAUUUAUUUUAUUAACAUUCCUUGGACGUAAAUCAUUGAUCGCUGGUGUCAAUAGAUCUUCAGUGAUAGACGCUAUGGUUCGCACUUUAGGAAAAUUAUUGGCACCAUUAUCGACUCCUCAAACGUCUAAUGCAAAUCGUCUGGAUGUAACACUCAUUGGCUGGGUGCUACUCUUUUUGUCAGUCUGCUUAGACACCGUAGCCAUUCCACCCCCUUGUUCCGAAGGGAGUAGCGACAAAAUUAAAAAUCAAGGAUUUUCAUCUCGAUGGGAGUUCAUACAAGGGGAGUCUGUAAUGCAAAGAAAGUAUGGCAGUGCCAAUCAGUCUGCAGCUCCCUGUACUUACCGGAAAAAGUUACAGAAGCGUAUAAUGCAGCAUAACCAACAGAUUCAGGAGCUCGAACAAGCAAAGAAAGCGUUUCAUCCGUCGUCGCAGGGUUGGGAAAAUCUCUCCUUGUACACCGCUUCGUUAUGUAGUAAGAUGGAAGCAACAAUGAAGUCGCAAGAGCGCUAUUACAAAAAACAUUACACUGCGAGGCAUUUCAAAGAUCUUUUGAUGGUUCGGAGGAAUGAUACGCCACAUUCUACACGAACUUCACGAAUCCCACCACAGGCUAACACAAGUUCCAGUAAACCAGAAGUAAUGGAUUUGGACGUUGAGUAUAUAUCUAACUUGUCCCAUCAACAUGUUCUGCCAGUGGCCCGUGGACUUAUUGCUCUCAUUUUGUGCAAUUCUGCUAACGUGGACAUGUUCUUGUUAGCUUGUAAGGUAGUCGCUAGGCUAGUGAUAUCUACACGUCCUGCAAUUAGCUUGUGCGAGCUCAUGAGCGAAGAACAGCUCUUAAAGUUAGUCAGAUUGGCGACGGGUACCUCUGACGCUGCUUGGACAUCGCAUGCGGUCUCGUGUCUCUUACAGGAUUUAUUAGAAGGAAGAUCAUCGGAGGAGACCUUUGAGCCUCUUGUGACUGAAAAAAGCCGAACUACCGAUGAGGAAUGUGUUGGCGUAGCUGGAACAAGCAGUGCUACGGUUACUCUUAACAACGAUGAAGAAUUUACAGCAGUCGACGGGGAAGAAGAUACCCAAGACAGUAUAGUGGUACCUUCGGCAACCGCUUCGACGUCAAAGUCUAAUGGGUUUCUUCCUUCUCUGUUGGAAUCCGAUGAUAGCGAGGUCGAAGAUUUCUUGGAAGAUAUAUUAGAACGUGGUAGGAACUUGUUAAAGAAAGGCAACCCAGUAUCCAAGACUCCGGCUAGUUCUAGUAUUUCUUUGGCAAUGGAUGCAAGAUUAGAGUAUGGAUUAGAAAUGGGAAUAGAGGUGCCGUUAAGGUUAUUGUCUACUUUCGGCAUGUACAAUUUACCUCAAAGUAUAAACGCCACGAUGCAUGUUCCAACAGAGUCCAAUCGUUAUUCGCAACAACCGUCAUCCAGAGACACUACAGCUUCCAGUUUAUUAAUGUUAACCAGAUGUUUUGAUAAAAUAUUCACGGACUUAUAUUUACAGAAUGUAGGAACAAACUUGGAACUUAUUCUACAGCUGUGGUUAACAUUCAAUACGGAUGCCUCUUCAGAGCAUACUAAUUCUUCGAAUCAGUUUGAUUCUUUAUUAACACCUGUUAUACCAUUAAGUUCUGCAGCGAUUUCCAGUCUUAUAUCUACGUUGUCGUGGCAUCCUGGAGUUUCUUUAAGAGCUUGGUGCCUUGCUCUCCAGUGUUUGACACUUGCAAGUAAACAGCCGCUAGAGGCAGACUCUACAGAAGCUACAAAUAGUAAGCAGCCGUUAGACAGUGUUCUAGGUGGCAUGGCUAAGUGCAUUGUAAAAGAUCGGAAUCUCGGUCCCAUGCUUCUGCGUUUACUAUCUGGAAGCGGAUUAAAUAUUAAUGCUAUGGAUAAACAAUAUAUCAUGGCUGGACCUAUUGUUUGCCAAGCGCUACAAGAUUUUCUAGUUAGGUUGAAAAUGAGGUGCGAUGUAAUUACACCUGGUAGCUGUUUAGGAAACACAUUGAAAGAGCUCUUAUUGUGGGUGGUUUAUCAGCUUGUGCAACCUGGUGGAGCUCUUUCUGCGAGACGAGGACCGUUGGACGCACAGUAUAAACUUAUCACCUCUUUAACGAAUUUAAACUUUGCCAAUAUGGAUUUAGGAACUGCAAUGAGUGUAACUGAAUGCGUCGGAGUAUUAGUUUUUACUUAUGUCAGAGGAUCUGGAGUCGGUGCGCAAUGUGGUAGUACUGUGGAUUUGGCGAAUCCAUCUGGCGGAUUCUGUGGCUUAUUCGCCUGUGUGUUAGGCGGAGACACGAGGCAAGGCCGUCCAGCCUCCUGGGACACCUUAGUCGUGGCUCUUAUCAAAUUAGUGUGUCGACUUGUUCAAACCCCUCUGCCUAAUACUUGUGCAGGUCGAUCCGACGGCGCAACAGGAAUCGAUUUUUCCGAUGCAGGUCUCAGUUCAACGAGUGACAUUAACGAUACUCCGAUGAAAAUAAACAUUUCGCAGACCGAUGAAAGUAAAGUGGCGGAACAGCAAUCUUCGUCCCGCAUGCAGCAAUCCUCGUCCAAUAAGCCUAACGUACGCUGUGUUGCAGACACUGUUCUACAACACGAACCGACCAUGAUGCGAUUACUAGGAGCACUCGGUUACAGUACUGGUUCUUCCUUAGCUAUGCUUUUAGGCAAGAGCUCCGGAGCAGGAACCACGACUGAACUUGAUGACAUGGCUUCAAUCCCAGAUGCGACAUUUCAACUCUUGACAACGCUUACCAAGAAAGCGAGCAAUCGUUCAUUAGUUCUCAAUCCACUCUAUCAAUAUCUCUCUUCCUCCUCAGGACAGAGAGAGCUGGAUCGUCAGUUAGGUGUCAUGCAGUUGUCCGAACCCCUUCUCUGGUAUAUCUUACGGGUUUUAGACAAUGAAGUGUCACUGACAAUGUUCACAGCGAUGGGUGGUGUGAAAGUACUCUGCGAGAAUUUAGUAAAAUCAACCAACGGUGGCAAUAAUAGCUCUGCAUCACCCUGUGUGAUUGCGUUGGUUAUGGAACACCUCUCGAAUGCCCCUAACGUUAUACCAGCGGCUUCAACGAGCAGUAAGAAAUCCGUUAAUACGUUGGAGACUCAUGAUGAUGGUUUGUUAAAUUUCGCCCCCCUGGGCACCAUCUCCUGGCUGAACCCUACUGCACAACCGGCAGAAGUUCUGAUACAAAAUACCACGCCUCAGAAACGGGCGAGAACAGCCGCGUGGUUGUAUCAUUGCUACCCUGACGAGGCAUGGGUGGAACUUACGAUUACUUUACCCUGUGCUGUAUUGUUAAGGAAGGUCGAGUUGCAGCCGCAUGUCACGUCGCUAGCCACAUGCCCGUCAGCUGUAGCCAUUGAAGUUUCACGUGAAAGUAACAGCCCCUUGACACCUGUUUGUCCACCAAUGCCAACGGCAGGAUUGACGUUUAUAUGUAUCACGCUAUCACAACCGGAAGUAGCUACUUCUGUGUUAGUGCGAUUAUACAAACCACGCGAUUCAACGAACAUAAGUUUAAGUCAGAUUAGACUGUUAGGUACAACGGCGUUCGGUGAAAUAAAAACGAGUCACGACACCAUAGACAAGAAACAAUUGACAAAGACGAGCUCGGGUUGGUUACGAUUGCUGCAUCAGUGCCUGUUUUUAAGCGCGUUGAACAGCAAUCUUGCUGUGAAGGUGCUAAAUUCUGCGGCGUCAGUCGAAGGAUUGGUGGAGGCAUGCUGUAACCUCUUGUUACUCUCAGCACCGUCUCUUUUUACUCCGAAUUUGGAGACAGUUUUAUUCCGACUAGGCUUACACUCUCGAGAGCUUGGAUUACGCCUGAUUGGCCUCUUACUGAACAACAGAUCCACUCCUUUUUUCAAAGGUGCCGUGGCUACUCAAGAGACUUCGACAGUUCAGUUGGUUGUAGAAUUGCUUAAACAACUCUGUACCAUUCAAGACUCGUCCACUGAAGCCCGCAUUAUCGCGGUGCUUUCGUGGCUUCAAGCUUCAGCUUUGAAUGGAGCUUCACGGCUCAGCAAUGGUCCUAACGCCAUCAGCCCGCCCGCUGUGUAUAUACACUGUGUGUCUUCCAUUAUAUGGAAAGCCCAUCAACAGCAGAAUCUCAACUACGAUCUGCAGGCAUUGUUAACGGACGAGCUUUUCAACGCUUUGUAUCAGUGGACUCUGACAUUGGAUACGGGUUCGGCUUUGAAACAGGCGAUUGAUUCUGCUCUUUGUGCAUUCUGCUACGUGAGACCGACACUUUUCCCUUUGCUUCUACAAAGGGUACAAAUUUUGGUACCUAACCUAGCAACGGAUCACUCUGCGUCUAUAUCUGACGAUAGGAAGGAAAGAGAUGGACAGACUGAUGAUAGAAAGAGUGAAAUUAGUGGCGAGGAAUGGUACUGUCGUUACGUAUUGUCCGAGUAUAAGCGGUUGAAUUUGACAGAGGGACAGUUACUUACUGUUGCUGCAGCAGCACGAUCCCCGCCGGGUAUUCAACAGCUGAUCGACUCUGGGCUUCCUGCUCUGUUAAUCGCAUCGAUCACUGAUUUUUGUGCCUUGGAGGAGUCAAAGCGACUACAGCAACAAAGUAAAAGAUCACCAUCAGAGGGUUAUUGCCAAAGCAAUUCCGUAGGCGGUACACACUUAACAGAUAGCGAUAAAGCUGGCGAAACGUCUACGCAGUCGAAUAAUCAUUUCGAUGGUUUAUGUUUGACGGAGCCAGAAAGCAUAGCGAUUGUAUUAGAGUUCUUGACCCUGGUAUGCUCGGAAGGUAGAAUGCGCGAUUGGCUUGGGAAAGAGGGCCGUGGCUUUUGGUUACCUCUUCUUUCACUCCUUAGCAAUCGACCUGUAGAGAGUCCAUCUGUAUCUUCAUCAAGAUGUUCUAAGACGAGCAUCUCGUAUGCCUCGUUGGAAAGUGCCAUGAUCAAGUUCUUAUCCAGGUGUUGUUGGUGCCACCUUGAGAAUCAAAAACUACUGGCUAAACUAUUGACCGAUGUUAUUUCUCAACAACGAACAACUUCUAAUGCGCGAUACCUUCACGGAAUUUCGGGUUUCACGAGACGGUUGAUUCUGCAAUUAUUGCUGGAGGGUGAAAAGGUGUUGGUGUCCGUGACUUCGGAAGCACCCGUGAAAGUUUCGAAUACGGCGGCCAAUUACAGUAUGCCAUCUAUGCCGCCACAUCCGGCUCAUCCGCUUGGCCAUUAUCAUCAGCUAUUGUACAUGUCCACGCAAUCAACUGUAGCGGAUAUAUUACAACAAGUAUCGGGCACUUGGCUUCUUCUCUUGCUACCAAAUACAUAUAAGGCUAAUGAAACUGGAUCGAGCAGUAAUCGAUCUAGAGAGCUUUGGGAGUCCGGCAUGGCCUUUAUAGUUGAUACACUUAGCGUUGCCGCGGGAAAUACAGCGAAGGACAAAAGGGCCAAAGAAGCGUCAAACAGAUCACAGGCACGUGGUCCUACUGUCAGAAAGUCCAGAAUGAAUUCUGAUGGAUCGUCUAGUACAAACAAACCGUCGAGCAAUAACGUGCAACAGAAUCCUAGUAGUUCCGCUAAUCACCAAUAUCUGAUACACGCGUCACGACCAAAUAUUCCGUUACCACCAAGAUUGACCAUAGCUCAGCUGCUAGCUAUUGCCGAAGACAGUGGAAUAUCAUUGUCAGAACCUUGUCUGCAUCUCAUAUUACGUCAACGCAAUCAAGAUCCAAAAGACGACCUAACGAAACAAAAUGAGAUCGAUUUGUUAAACUACAGGAGUAUAGAGAGCUCGUUAGGUGUGUUCAGCGCCGGCGGUGGUUUGGCGGUAUUAGCACGACACUUGCCUUUGGUGUAUCCAGAUUCUAGAAGACCACCGCCGGUAACUGAGAAGACCCCGUCACCAGAGCAGACAUACGCGGACUGGGUUAAACUAGAAGGCAGCGAUGACAUGUUCGAAAUCAUAGAAGAAGGCGGAAGCAAUUCGUCUCCACAAACAUCGUCUCCCGCGCCCUAUGUGCCUCCACAUUCCCUCGUUGCCUUUGGCUUGUUCCUUAGACUUCCGGGUUACGCGGAAGUACUACUGAGACACCGAAAACGUGCACAGUGUCUACUGCGUCUUGCCUUAGGGGUAUCGGACGACGGUGAAGGUGGGGACGUGUUAACAUCCCCGUGGGCCGCCUCGUUGCCGACCUUGCCAUUUCAAGUAUUAAGACAAGUACUUGACGCCACGCCGCCGACCACCGACGAUGGUCUUCUCUUGCGCAAGACAACCAUCGAAGUUGGCGCCAUGCUGCUUCUAUUGAACUGUCUGGCGAUUUUCACUCAUCAGGCAACUCAAAACGAGAAUACAGAUCCAAAAACAAACGGCAGUCAGGGCGAAGCAGGACGUAGCGACGAUAAUUCGCAUUUGUACUGGGCAAAGGGUACUGGAUUCGGUACCGGUUCCACCCAACAAUCGUGGAACAUCGAACAAGCUUUGCUGCGGCAAAGGUCCGAAGAGGAACAUGUUACAGUAUUAUUGGAGGUCCUUGCCAGUUACAUAGGGCCGGGUGGCCAAAAGCAGAGGGAAUUACCGGCACCUUUUCCCGACUUGUUAGCUCUGUCGUGUUUGCUGCCGGCUUUGUCCUCGUAUUUAAGAAAUGACUCGGUGCUUGAUAUGGCCAGGCACAUACCUUUGUACCGUGCGGUAUUGCAACUACUCCGAGCUAUGGCUCGUUCGAAUCAGUUGGCUCCGCUUUUGCUACCGAAGGGCGGGAAGUCUAGCGAACCAUCCGUAGUGUCCCUUUUGUCUAGUAUGAAGGUUUGUGUGGACAUAUACGUCCACAAGAUCAAUCGUACAAGGGGCAACAAGUCGAAGACGUUAUUCAAAUAUCCGGAUGACACCGAACAGGAUGAAGGUUUAGCUACGUUGAUCCCUGACAUUCAGGAGAGCGCUACCAUAGUACAAAAUGCUACAGCAAGAUUGUCAGGGAUGGAGGAAGAUAUGCCUGGACCCAGCCCGACAGGACCAGAAUUACCACUACGCUCAGUCGAACAACGAUACUUGGAAGUUAUGAAGAAUCUGCAAUUUGAUACGUUCGAAAUGAUUACUGAGAACCCAGAGUCUGGUGGAUAUAAAUUCGCCGUUUCGUAUCAUUUCGAAUCUAACAUGAGAGCAGCCGGCGAGAGGAGUCAUCCUACCAGGGUUAAGCGAUUGGCACAAGAGGCUGUCACCCUUUCUACAGCAUUACCUUUGUCAUAUAGUAGUAGCGUAUUUGUUAGGUGUGAUGCGGACAGAUUAGACGUGAUGAAGGUUUUGAUAACAGGACCAGCGGAGACACCGUACGCGAACGGAUGUUUCGAAUUCGACGUGUACUUCCCUCCGGAUUAUCCUAACAGUCCUAUGUUAAUAAACCUCGAAACCACUGGUCGGCAUACAGUGCGAUUCAAUCCUAAUUUGUACAACGAUGGAAAGAUCUGUCUGAGUAUUUUAAAUACUUGGCACGGACGUCCCGAAGAAAAAUGGAACGCGCAUACUAGUAGUUUCCUUCAGGUCUUAGUCUCGAUACAGUCGCUGAUUCUGGUAUCGGAGCCGUACUUCAACGAACCAGGGUAUGAACGGUCACGAGGCACGACAAGCGGAGCUCAAUCUAGUCAAGAGUACAAUGCAAAUAUUUGUCAGGCUACCGCAAAAUGGGCGAUGCUUGAUCAAAUUCGUAAUCCAUGCCCCUGUUUCAAGGAGAUUAUAUAUACUCACUUUUGGAUAAAGAGACAUGAAAUCGUCGCACAAUUAGAGGGAUGGAUAAGGGAUAUGGAAAUGCAUGGGUCAGAUCGUAGGUUUGGCCGCACCCUUUCCCUGAACGCUUUAGCUUUAAGGACGCACUAUAGAUUAUUGAGAGAAGAGUUGAACAAACUGCCAACUCCCGAGGGUUUAGAAGACCUGGUAGAGCCACUUGCCUCUCCAGGCUCGCCCAUUGAGUUGUCCGGCAACCUGGACACCCUGAACACGCCACCGACCUCGACGGCACCCCCGACCACUAUACUAUCCGCACCGAUAGGUAAUUCUAUUGUUUCUAUGAACAACGCCAGUGCCAGCAAUCACGUUCUCCACGAUAUCGAUACGGACGUUGAGAUGGAGAAGAUGGUUUCAAAAGUGUGUGAAUAGCUACCGGAUGUUAAUAGACAUUGUUGGACAUUUUGAAAAGUCUAUAUUGUUUGUGUUAUGACGGACAAAUAACAGACUGACCGAGGGUGGCGGAGAAUUUUAUUACCGUGUCGAAUUUCAGAUGAUUGACGGAUGAUUAAUCGAAUGAAAGGUUAUAGUAACGUUUUCGGUUAAACGAACGACGAUAUCGAUGAGGAAGAUGAAUCAGGAGGGAUUUAGGAAAUAAAUGUAUGUGUGGUGUGCGUGUGGGUGUGCGUGCUGUCUGUCCUGUC